UCGAGCGCAGUGCACUUAAUCAAGUGAACACACACACAUCCCCGAAUCGCCAGGAAGUGGCAGGAUAUCAAAUCAGCAAGGCAGUGUCGAGUGUUUGUGCUAAUCAUUCAAAAAAUAAAUACGAAAAAGGAAAUACCCAUCCCGAGCCAUGUUCAAGUUUGUGUGCCUUUUUGCGCUGAUUGCCUCCACGGCGGCGGCUACCUCGGAAGCGGACAGCCUGCUGACCAGCGCCUUGAAGAUGGUCAAGGACUGUGGCGAGCGGUCCAUGGUCUUGUGCAUGAAGGAGCGAGCCCUGCACUACUUCGAUGCCGAGAACGGGGAUGUGCGGCUCACCGAGGGCAUUGCCCUGGUCAAGACCGAUGAGAUCCCGGUUGGUCGGUCGCUCAACGAGAUGCAACUGCCCGAGGAGGUCGAAGCCCGGGAGGCCGAGGUGGACUCUCUGCUGGUGGAGCGCGUUGCCCGCUUCUUCGGCACCCACACACUGCAGUUCAAGGUGCCCAAAGACUCCAUCCAGGACAUGCAGCGCGCCCUCGAGGAAUCUCGCGGCAAGAAGAAGGAGAAAAAGAAGUACCUGAUGCCACUGCUAAUGCUCUUCAAGCUGAAGAUGGCCGCCCUGCUGCCCCUGGCCAUUGGCUUCCUGGCCCUGAUCUCCUUCAAGGCCCUGGUCAUCGGCAAGAUCGCUCUGCUGCUUUCCGGAAUCAUCGGUCUAAAGAAGCUGCUCGAAUCCAAGAAGGAGAACUACGAGGUGGUGGCGCACCCGCACUACGAGCACGAGCACAGCUACGGCCGCUCGCUGCCAGCUGACGACUCCCAGGCCCAGCAGCUGGCCUACGCGGCGUAUAAGCAAUAAGCUGAAGCCAAAUAUGCUGAAUGCUGAGGCAACCGUAAUCAGUGCAAUACUCGGAGGGCCGUCUAAUUUAUCUAUUUAUUUAAUUUAUUUGUAUAGCAUAGUUCAUGCCAAGCUUACACACUUAAGGCGCCAUCAAGAGAAAUAGAAGGAAAGCUAACUCCCGAACCCACACAAAUAGGUCUAAGGAAUCAGCAGCAGGGGGCUACCGCCAGAGGGGAGCAUCUGGCAUCGUUCAAUCUAAUCUUAAAAAUG